AUGCAACUCACUCUGCAGGAUCUAUUUUCCAUUUCUAUCUUACUACGCGUUAGCAUAAUCAUUUCCAACAUAUGCACAGGACGUUUGGACACAUCUUGUACUACCACGUUUCAGAGUUCCGAAAACCGCACUUUUAUUGAGAAGGUGAACUCAUCCAAUUUUGCGAACAAAAGCUUUUGCAAUUACUUCAUUCAAGUUGACCAAGGAAAGCAAGUAAACCUGUCUUUCACAGGUGUCCAGCUGGAGACAUACGACUCCUCGUUUACUGACUAUGUUGUAAUAUUUGACGGUGCUGACUGCAUGUCUCAAAGAAUCGGAGUUGUGUACGACCAACAUACAUCAAACUUUACAUCAUCGGGUAACCAAAUGACGGCGUUGUUAAUGGUGAAUAACCACGUAUAUCCAGUUGGAUUCCAUGCCAAAUAUGACGAAGGACCUACAAAACCAAGCCCACCCAGCAGCAACCGCAUACUCGAAAACUGUGGAAGAAAUCUAACAGGAGCGUCUGGUCGACUAUCUUUUAAUGGAAGCGAAGUUCCCAACGUGCUGUGCAUAUGGAAGAUAACCGUCAAAGCCAAAAAAGUUGUAUUUCUUGAAAUCGAAAAGCUUACGUUGGAAUCAUCUUUUUCCUCUUUUCGGGUGCUGGAUGGGAGUACAUGUGCAGCCAGAGAGAUUUAUCGCAUGUGGGGUUACGAAGACUUCGAACCAACCAGUGUCCUUUCGUCCUCGAACAUUAUGACGGUCGUAUUUGCUUCACCGCCGGGAAUAGUAAGAGAAAAGGUGAUGGCUUCAUAUAAGAGUGUUGAACCGAAUUUCACUACGACCACUACCACAACAACUGUGCCGCCGACCACAGAAAGGGCCCGUUCCACUCCAGGAUUGGCAUCAACAUGUGUGUUCAACAUGUUUACACUCGUUGGAUGGUCCUUAUUCUGUUCGGUUCAGAGAUUACUUUCCUCAGUGCAGACCACGUGAAAGUAAUGCAAUGGAUGUACUACAGAAACUUACACCUAAUUCACAAAGAAGUAACUAUGUACUUGGACUGAUUAUCAAUUCUUAGUAGAUAGCAAUUUGAAGUUCAGUACAUAAAGGUUCCUAAGGGGACCAGUAAACAUUGAUGCUUUCUUUUAAACAGAUAUGUUUUGCUCAUUGUGCUUGUUAUUUAUAACUGUGAUAAAGUUUGGAUAACCA